GAAUUGUGGAACUCCCGCAUAGAAGAAGAAGAAGAAGAAGAAAGAGAGAGAGAGAACUGAGAAGAGAUGGCGAAACGUUUCAAGCUGCGACUUUUCCGACUCAUCCCCUCCUUCCAGAAUUGUCGAUCCAAAGACCCUUCAGUCCUGCCAGCGGACCCACAUCCCAUCUUCUUCCGACUCUCCCCCACCACCACCGCCAACAGCAACAAAAUGGAUUUUCCGGCGACCCCAGCAGCCUUACCUGUCCCGGACCCACCACCACCACUACCACUACAACCAACACCAAAGCCUUACCAUUCAUCUCUCAAACGCCAUGUCUCUUCCGCUAUCUUAUCCGUGCGCUGCGGUUUCCGAUCAAGGUCCACCAAGCAGCACGUCUCCUCCGACGACAACUCCGAUCACCCCGAGUAUAAAUGGAAACAGAACGACAAGUGGCACGUAAUUGCUCCGGUCCACGAUGAUCCACCAGCACCUCGCCGGAAAAUCCACAACUCCUCCGUCUCCAGCGGCACCGACGCCGAUGUCUCACAAUCGCCGCUUGGUGCCGAUUCCAAGAACAAGAAGAGAAAGAAAAAGAAAAAAUCCAAACCAAGGAUUCGGAUCAGCACCUCUUCCGGCGAUAGCGGUUGGUUCAGCAGUGAAGGUGGCGAAGAUGACGGCAAAGACCGCGAAGAAACCGAAACCCUCGUCUCCUCCUCUCGGAGUAUCUCCACCGACUACUCCACAGACUUCAAUCCUCACUUGGAGACCAUAAACGAAUCUCCCAACGAGAAUGGAUCGAGGCACAAGAAGAAGAAGAAGAAGAACCACAGAAGGGUCAGGAGGCUGAAACCAGCUGGAAAGGGGAAGACGAGUUCAUCGCCGGGGACUGAUACGCCGCCGAGAUUGUCGGUGUUCCAGAAGCUAAUCCCAUGUACGGUGGAUGGGAAGGUAAGGGAGAGCUUUGCGGUGAUAAAGAGAUCAGAACAUCCGUACGAGGAUUUCAAGCGUUCCAUGUUAGAGAUGAUCGUUGAGAAACAGAUGUUCGAGGCGAGGGAAUUGGAACAGCUCCUCCAUUGUUUUCUGUCUCUAAACUCUCGUCAACACCAUGGAAUCAUCGUGGAAGCGUUCUCGGAGAUUUGGGAGACCUUUUUCUGUAAAUCUCCGAGGACUCAACUCGAUUUAGAAGCUUCCUGAAAUCU